GUGAUGAUGGCAUCAGUCUAUUUGUAGUGAAGCACAGGGGGAAGUGAUCUGCCUGUUUUCAGACUCUUACAAAACUGUUUUCUCACAGUGCCACAGAUGAGCCCAAUCCUUUUGGAUAACUUCAAGUAACCUGACUGACUUUUGUAUUGUAACCAACAUGGAGGCACAGAAACGAGGAAUUCCGGCUUCAAUUCCUGAGAACGAAGAGCUCAUAGAGGUGCAGAUUUAUGGGAUCCAGGACAGGCAAAAUGGUGGAGAAGCCGAAGUGCCUCUCUCGAAAUCUCAGAGAAGACGUAGUGAUGUGAAAGUCUAUAAAGAGUUUUGUGACUUCUAUGCUCGCUUUAAUAUGGCAAACGCCCUUGCUAAUGCUAUUUGUGAACUUUGCAAAGCUGGCUUCACUCCUGCUGAGAAAAUUGUAAACAGUAAUGGGGAGCUGUAUCAUGAGCAGUGCUUCGUGUGUGCACAGUGUUUCCAGCAAUUUUCAGAAGGGUUAUAUUAUGAGUUUGAUGACCGAAAAUACUGUGAGCAUGAUUUCCACAUGCUCUUUGCUCCUUGUUGUAAUCAGUGUGGGGAGUUCAUCAUUGGUCGUGUUAUUAAGGCCAUGAACAAUAGUUGGCACCCAGAGUGUUUUUGCUGUGAUAUCUGCCACACUGUGCUUGCUGAUGUUGGUUUUGCAAAGAAUGCAGGCAGACACCUGUGUCGUCCAUGCCACAUCCGUGAAAGAGCUUGUGGCCUUGGCAAGUAUAUUUGCCAGAAGUGUCACACCAUCAUCGAUGAACAGCCGCUCAUCUUCAAAAAUGAUCCUUACCACCCUGAUCACUUUAACUGCAACAACUGUGGUAAGGAACUCACUGCUGAUGCCAGGGAGCUAAGGAAUGAGCUGUAUUGCUUGCCUUGCCAUGACAAGAUGGGCGUGCCAAUCUGUGGGGCAUGCAGAAGGCCGAUAGAGGGCAGAGUGGUGAAUGCAGUGGGCAAGCAAUGGCAUGUUGAGCAUUUUGUGUGUGCCAAGUGUGAGAAACCUUUUCUAGGCCAUCAGCAUUAUGAACGCAAAGGCCUGGCUUAUUGCGAGACCCACUACAAUCUGCUCUUUGGAGAUGUCUGUCACCACUGCAAUCGUGUCAUCGAGGGAGAAGUCAUUUCAGCACUGAAUAAAGCCUGGUGCAUCAACUGCUUUGCCUGUUCCACCUGCAGUUCUAAGCUGACCCUCAAGGACAAGUUUGUGGAGCUUGAUCUGAAGCCUGUAUGCAAACAGUGCUAUGAAAGAAUGCCAACGCAGCUGAAGUACCGUCUAGCUAAGCGUGAACAUGACUCCAAGGACAGAAGAAAGAAGAUUGGUAUCUGUCUGUAAAGUUCUCCUUUUAACUGGCAUAGUGCAAUCCUCAUAUGGAAAUGUACCACGUGUGGAUAUUUUUGCUAUCUCAAGACCUUCAGAUUUUCCCCCAGUCUAUUGUGUGGACAUAUACUUGUUGAAAUAUAUAUGAAAUGUUCAGUUGCAUGAAUGAGUGUAAGUGUUUUUUAGUGGUUUGCUAUAACCUGUGACAUGUACGUUUCUUUACCUCAUGCACCAUAAUGAUACAUAUCAAUGCAUUUUUUAGGUUAUUAAUAGGGGUUUAUGGGUUCCCAACCAAGGAUGCCCAUUACCGUGAAUAUAUGCAUACAGAUGAUAUAAAAAGUGUACACAGCCCCGUGUAAAAUUGCAGGUUUAUGUGAUGUAACAAAAUGAAACCAAGAAAAAUCAUGCCAGAUCUUUUUCCACAUUUAAUGGGAUAUAACAACUAACAACAUUCAAGUGAACAACCUAUAGAAAAUAUUUAGGGAAAAAGAGAGAAAGAACAAGCUGACUGUAACCUGGUUGCACAAGUUUACAAGGGAUGUGUAGACUUUUUAUAUCCACUGUGACAGAGGUUCCUAAAGUGGGGUCCCCCCAGGGUCCAAUGAAGCAUAGCUGGUGGCUGCAAUUUUUAAAUUUAGUUGAAGUGGUCGAAAUCACAAACCACCAUUUCAAAGUUAUAUUUAUCAUUGAGAUCUUAUAGUUAUUAAUCUAUUUGACUGGUUAUUUUAAUUAAAUGGGCUUUAUCCAAACCUCAGUUGCUCAAAAGUAUGUAGGCCUACAUAUACUGUGGACUUGGACCUAAUGUGUUGUGUCAGUGAAAAUGUCAGGAAUAAAUAGCCAGGAUAUUAUUUUACACAUUUAAAUAAUGAUUAAAUAAUGGCUAACAUUUGAGUAGUUGGACUAUGUUCAUAAAAUGCUGUGUACUGUGGGGCCUCUGUAGAAUUUAUUUUAUAAAGACGUCACUGAGUACAAAAAGUUUAAAAGCUUCUGCCUUAUGACACUAUUGACCACAUGCUGAGUGGAACUACAUUUAAAAAUUAAAAACACAUUGUGAUGGAA